GCCGCUCUCCUCCUCCGCGUGGUGUGACCUGAGCCGUCUCCCUUAAGGCUUUUCUUUUCCCCGCUGCGGGCCGGGAGCCUCUGCCGCCUGGGUACCCCCAUCCUACUCUGUGGCGCCCCACAUCUCCCCCACCCCCGGGGGCCUUUCCUGCAUUUCCUCGGCGGUGCGUUGGUUCGGGGGACUUUCUAUUUGUUUUCUCCUCUUUCCUCUUUGUUGCUCUAAAACCGGCCUCUCCGAAGCCCCUCCACUCCGAAGGGAGUUCGACUUCUGGAGAAAGGCGGCUGCUGCGGACUGCACCGGCCCCACCUGCGGAUCCGCGAGGGGCCAGCGAGCCGGUGCGCUCACCCGCCGCCUGCGUUCGUCCGCCGUGGGAAGCCCGCCACGAGUUCAUUGAUGCACCCAUUCCAGUGGUGUAACGGCUCUAUAUUGACCUGCUCUCUUUCCAGCUAUAACUUGGCUGCCACCAUGACAGGGUGUUUCUGUGGCCUGGGACUGGUUAGUACUAACAAGUCCUGCUCAAUGCCACCCAUCAGUUUCCAAGACCUUCCUCUGAACAUCUACAUGGUCAUCUUUGGUACAGGCAUCUUUGUCUUCAUGCUCAGCCUCAUCUUCUGCUGUUACUUCAUCAGCAAACUGCGGAACCAGGCGCAGAGCGAACGAUACGGAUAUAAGGAGGUGGUGCUUAAAGGGGAUGCCAAGAAGUCACAAUUAUAUGGGCAGACCUGUGCAGUCUGUCUGGAAGACUUCAAGGGGAAGGAUGAGCUAGGUGUGCUCCCGUGCCAACAUGCUUUUCAUCGGAAGUGUCUGGUGAAGUGGCUAGAAGUACGCUGCGUCUGCCCCAUGUGUAACAAGCCCAUCGCUGGCCCCUCCGAGGCCACUCAGAGCAUCGGAAUCCUAUUGGAUGAGCUGGUGUGAGGGCUGCCUUUACAUCAGGCCUGGAGAAGACGUCUUGCCUCAUGGGUGCCUGGUCCCUCUGCAUAGCUGCAAUGAACAAGACUGUUGGGUGAUAAUGGUCAUGCCUACCUGAAAUGGUCAUGCCUACCUGAAGGGGAGGUAGUAUAGGGCUGGUCUCCCACCAUCAGUGAGAGGCCAGACUUGCCCCUCCUUCCUGCCUCCUGAAGUCUUCUUCCCUGCUACUCAGUACUGAAAGCAUCACCCAUCAAGACCAAUGUAUCCUGGUACUGGAUGAUUUCCCUGCCUGUCCCUGCUCUGGGGGAAGAAUCACCCUUGGAGCACACAGUAGAGAUAGAGACCGUAUGACCACAAAGCCCUAGAAGAAGGGAUGAGAUGGGCUCUGUCCUCCCCUGCCCCCCACUCCUUCCAUCAGAAGGUUAGCAGGGAAGAAAGGAAGAAAAGGUCAAGGAACCAAGUACCUCCAGUGGAAGUGAGGGAGGGUCUGUAGGAAAUUAGGAAGAGCAGGGACAUAUAAAAGCAAAGUCAAUGUUUACAUGGGAACUAUGGAAUCAAAGGCUGGCUGGCCAGCCUGGCUACAGGGUAAGGAGGGCCCUCCCUCCCCCUGCUAGGGUCUGAGGUGCUACCCACUCACUCUCUCCCUCCGUCAAUCUCGGAGCUUCCUAAGUCCACAUCGGAGUCUGAGUGCCCCCCAGAGGAAGGGCUUGUUCUACACUCAAAUGGAUUUCCAGGGGCUUUUUCUAAAGGAGCAAAAGGGGCCUGGGGAAGGGGGUGUCUGAAGGUAAAGACAGCGACACCUUCUUCCCCCUUGUAAAUAGUAUUUUUAUACUUCAUCCUCACCAUCUCAGGAUUUAUAUAUGGAAUGGAGGGGGUGGGGGUUUCCGUUCCUCCCCAGAGUGGGUGAGGGUGGGAGAAGGUAUGUAUUUAAAGAAAAUUAAAUUUAAU